UUAGCUUCAUUCUCGGUUUUUUUCUAGAUUGCUCGUGUGUCUCGUUCUCUCUCUCUCUCUCUCUCUCUCUCUCUCUGCCGUACUCAAUUUCCUGUAAUUCUGUCGUUUUCCCUUCUAAUUUCGCAUUCACCUUCGUAUUCUGCCUUAAUAGAUCACCGUUACUCCGCUACUCCGCUACUCCGUCACACGUUACCCGACCCCUCCGGAUUGAGGCAGGUAACAGAGCAGGUAACAGAGCAGCAACAGUAUCCGUGAGAAUGCGCUCCAUACCCGCCGCAGCAACACUCCCUCUGUCGUUCCUUUUACUUGUUCCCACGGUCCUCGGCGCGCCGAGCGACUCCAUUUCCGAUGUGCGAUCUCGAGAAGCGUUAGCCGGCGACUUGUUGCGCCGUGCGACGCCGAAUGGCCCCUCCGGUGGCUAUGCGCCCGCUACCGUCGACUGUCCGUCACAAAAGCCCACCAUCCGAGAUGCCGCCACAUUGUCACCCUCCGAGACAGCAUGGCUGAAAAAGCGCCGGCCCAAUACCCUCGAUCCCAUGAAGUCAUUCUUCAAGCUGGCCAAUAUUCCCGACUUUGAUGCCGUAAACUACGUCCAGUCCAACUCGAACAACUUUUCCGUCGUCCCGAAUGUCGGCAUUGCCGUGUCCGGAGGUGGUUAUCGCGCCCUGCUGAACGGCGCCGGGUUCAUCGCCGCAGCUGACGCUCGGACGCCCGGCUCAACCGACGCUGGUGGUAUUGGAAAUCUCCUUCAGGCUUCCACCUAUCUGGCCGGCCUGUCGGGCGGCGGAUGGCUUGUCGGUUCCAUAUUCGCCAACAACUUCUCAACCAUCCCUGAUCUACGCGAUGGCGAAGAUGGCUCAUCUCUCUGGAAAUUUGGGAACAACAUUAUUCAAGGUCCCGAGGACAGUGGCCUCUCCAUUCUGAAUACGGCAGAGUACUGGUAUGACAUAGCCGAUCAGGUCGAUGAGAAGCGUAAGGCCGGCUAUGGCAUCUCAAUUACUGAUUACUGGGGACGUGCACUGUCUUACCAGCUCAUCAACGACAGAGAUGGUGGUCCGAGUUAUACUUUCUCGUCCAUUGCUGAUGCAGCUAAUUUCGCCAACGCCGAUACACCCAUGCCGAUCUUGGUCGCAGAUGAGCGUCAUCCUGGCGAAACCAUCAUUUCCCUGAACUCGACCGUCUAUGAGUUCAACCCCUGGGAAAUGGGAAGCUUCGAUCCCACCGUUUUUGGCUUCGCACCCAUGAAGUACGUGGGUUCCAACUUUAGCAAUGGUGCAGUUCCCGACGAUGGCGUAUGUGUUCGAGGUUUCGAUCAGUACGGAUAUGUGAUGGGAACAAGCAGCUCUCUAUUCAACCAGAUCCUUCUCCAGGCAGGAGGUGCUGAUCUACCUGAUGUUAUCCUCGACCCCAUCACAUCUAUUCUCGAGAGUAUCGGCAGCGAUGAGGACGACAUUGCUGAGUGGAGGCCUAACCCCUUCUACAAGUAUCACCCAGACACAAACGGAAAUGCCAACACCGAGCUACUCACCCUCAUCGACGGCGGCGAGGAUCUACAAAACAUCCCCCUGCAUCCCUUAAUUCAACCCAUUCGCGCCGUCGACGUCAUCUUCGCCGUUGAUUCCUCGGCCGACACGGAGCACAACUUCCCCAACGGCACGGCUCUGCGCGCCUCGUACGAACGCAGUCAAGGCGAGAUCGGUAAUGGGACGAAAUUCCCCGCAGUGCCCGACGCUGAGACCUUCAUCAACCUGGGUCUGAACCAGAAGCCGACGUUCUUCGGAUGCAAUACCUCUGAAUUCACAGGCAAUGACAGCAAUGCGAACAUCCCGCCACUGAUUGUGUACGUCCCGCUCACGCCGUAUACAGCGUACAGUAACGCCUCGACCUUCGACCCGACGUACUCGGACGCCGACCGCAACGCGUUCAUCGAGAACGGCUACAAUGUAGCGACCAUGGGUAACGGCACCGUCGACGCGCAAUGGCCCGCGUGCGCGGCCUGUGCUGUGCUGAGCCGCAGUCUCCAACGCACGGGCACCGCUAUCCCUGAGACCUGCCGGUCGUGCUUCGAGCGGUACUGCUGGAACGGGACCACGGACUCCACGUCCGUUGGCGAGUUUAACCCUGAGGCCAUCAUCAGCGCCGGCUUGAGCGUGGAGGCGGGAGGGUUGGUCUGGGGUGUCGUCGGCAUUGCUACUGUAUUAGCAAUUGCAUUGUAAUCUUGCAUCCAAGCAUCUUUGCAUUAUAAAUAGAUGGGGUAGAUGUUGCAUACUACUUACUAUACCCUUAUUUGUAUAUUUCUCCUUCCACGACGAAUUUUAGUACGGCAGAAUCUCAUCAUCGGGGGCCAUUUUUAUUUAGCUCGGGGUUCGACGAAUUCCCCUCUUGUCCUUUUUGCUUUGAAUUGCGUACCUCCAUUGCUAGAAGAAGACCGAUAGUGUCAUCUGGUAGAGUGUUGGAAAGAAAAGCGAAUGGGUUUGCACUAUUGCGGCUGCUACUUCUGUUUAUACCCUUUCUCAUCUACGAAAUAGAAUAAUCCGUUGAAUUACUUAUGUCAGACA